CACCAUGCUUGUUCAGAAGCAAAACAGAAAGCUCAUCUACGAGUCGCUCUUCAAGGACGGUGCUUUGGUCGCUGCCAAGGACUUCAACCUUGCCAAGCAUCCCGAUAUCGAUGUCUCCAACCUUGAGGUCAUCAAGAUGAUGCAGUCCUUGAACUCCAAGGGCUACGUCAAGACCCAGUUCUCGUGGCAGUACUACUACUACACCCUCACCGACGAGGGUAUCGACUAUCUCCGUGAAUACCUUCACUUGCCCCAGGAGAUCGUCCCUGCCACCAUGAAGAAGACUGCUCGUCCCGCUGCUCCCCGUCGUGCCUUUGGUGAGGGCCGUGAGGGUGGCCGUGGUCCCCGUGGUGAUCGUGAUGACUACCGUCGCAAGGAAGGUGCUGGCGGUGACUUCAAGCCUGAAUUCCGUGGUGGUUUCGGUCGUGGCCGCCGCGAGUAAACUUUUUUUUAUGAUUUGCCGUACAAGAAAGCGAAAAAUAAAAAAAGGGCUUCUCUUGUUCCUUUGAACAGAAAUUUUAUUAAUAAUGCGGUUGAGGGUUUUUUUUUCUUUUUGGCUUGUAUU